CAAUAUCUCAGUAAUUUUCAUCUGUGUACUAUAGUAUGAAUUUCAAACUCUAUGAUAGACAACUUUCUCAUUCAGUUCUCUGCACUCCUUUCAAGCUGUGUGAAAACUGCAUUAGCCAGAGAUUGAUUUUAGAAUACUUCAGAAACUCAUUUGAAGUUUACUCACGAUUUUAUCAAACCUUUUACAUUACAAUAUUGUUUAUUUUCAGAGCCAACUUGAGCAUAGAAGGUCUGCGUAAAAACCGACCCAGUAGCUGUGAUAUAAGCUCUGGUAGCUCCACUGAUUCCGUACAGCAAUAUGGCAAAUACAAUGUGGCGGAUCGUAUACAAACGCUGAGCCCUAUACCAAGUUCUGGCUCGCUGACUACUAUCAAAUACCCAGCGGUCACCAAUCCAAGAUCACGCCGUACCAGCGUUACUAACAGUGUUUCGUCUCACAAGAGCGCCCGUCUAAGCCAACAGGACGCCCAGGGCUACGCCACUCUACGCUUCUUGCAUCGUGGUCGUCGCCCGCUACUGAAUACCACCAAUCAGCUGACGACCUCCUUCAAUCAGCUGACGACCACUUUCAAUCAGCUGACUCCUCUGUCGCCCAUCGAACAGCUGGCUAGUGCCGAUCUGCGCCGUCAGAUAUCGCCACUGGUGCGGCCCCGGAAUAUGGUGCAUCAGGUGGAGGCUUCUGAAUUCGAAGGCGGGGUUGGAGCUGAAGCCGUGUUGUGUGACGUCACAGCCGGGAAGAAUGUGCACAACAUGAUGCCCUAUCAGAGCAGCCGCAGUUGUAUUGCUAGAGGAUCUGAUGCGUCAGGGGCUGAGGAGUCAUCGUGGAGUGGCCCCACCUAUUUGGGCAUAUGUCUGCCACACAAUCUGUGUGACCUGUUUCCCAGUGAUGAUCUCAGACAUGAUAAACCAAAGCCCUACAACAGGACUGAUGUGGACACCAAUCAGGAUGCAGGUGCUGAUAACAGUUCGGCCGACUCGGAAACCGACACGGGAACUGACUCGGGUGGCGGAGGGGGCGUGGCUUUGCUGGCGGUGACAGCAGCCAAUAGCAACCGACAACGGCGCCGCCAUGAUAGGCAGAACUGCUUACUCUGCACUUCCAAUCGAGCAGCCAAUCAGAGGGUGUCUCGCCUGAGGAAGAUAUCGUCUAGCUCCACACAUCGUACUAGGACUGAAACUGAAAGCAGUUACGGCGCUCCUAAUGAAGGCGAGAGUCCUAUUAUGCUUCCCUGGCAAACUAGAGGAGGUUUGGAAGGUGUAAAUAGUGUUGAUAGCUCCAGUAGUGCUACAAGCAUAGUCCAUAGAUCGCCAAUGGACAAUAUGAGAAGCAGAUCUAUGGUGAGGCGUGAUAUACUGAAGAUGGCGUCUCAACUGGCAAAUCCUGUCCUGUAUAAAACCUGUAAACAGGCGCUACUGCAGUAA